GGUGUGUGAGGACUUUAAGUAGCGUGCAGUACAUUCUUGGACAGGCAGAUAUCUAAGUCUUCUACGAGACCAAGUGCGAGUACAGAAAAAAGUUUCUAAAAGUUUUCAAACACUGAGGGAUCACUACUCAGGACGAAGCAGAGGUUUCACCGCUGAUCCAUAGAAGAGUCCUCACAGAGAAAAAUGCCAGGUGAACGGUUGACAGUAAGAGGCACGUCAGAGGUGGGGCGCUUCCCAGGAGCAGCCCCACCCACCCGGGUGGAGCUGACCAUUCACAAGGAUGAGGAGAAGAAGCAGGAGAAAGGAGGAUGUUGCCGCUUUUUCAGGAAAAUAUGCUGUUGCUGUAAGCGCCAGAACAGCACCUCUUAUGAUGUUACAGAUAAGGUGGAAUUUGUCAAACCCCCAGCCCCAGAAUUGGCCCCGGAGCCUGUUAAGCCACAGCCUGAGAAUGGAGAAGCAAAGGAACUGGAAGAAAUGAAGUUGUCAGUGCUUUCUGUGGACCUGCUGAGCUCCAAGACAAGUCAGAACAGACGGGAGCACCACACUGACCUGUAUGACGGAGAUGAGCUGAUCAUCCGCAGAGGGCAGACCUUCCAGAUGGAGCUGGAGCUCAACAGGCCCUUCAAGGCUGACACUCACAAGCUGUAUCUGGACCUUAAAACAGGUCCCCUGCCCAUGGUGUCCAAAGGCACCCAUGUUAUCAUUCCGCUGGUGGAUGACUUGGAGGAUGAACGCUGGGAGGCCAAGGUUGUAGAGCAGAACGGCAACAAGAUCAAGCUGUCAGUCAACUCACCAGCCAGUGCUGUGAUUGGCCUGUACGGCCUCACAGUCACAAUUUGCUCUCCGAAGGGUGAGGCCAAAACAACUCACGAGUCCAGCAAGAACAUCGUCAUGCUCUUCAACCCCUGGUGUGAAGAGGACACAGUGUUCCAGGAUGACGAUGAUGAGAGGGAAGAGUAUGUGCUGAAUGACACUGGGAGAAUUUACUAUGGCACAGAGAAUCAAAUAGGUUCUCGCACAUGGAACUUUGGGCAGUUUCAUGAGGGGAUCCUGGAAGCAUGUCUGUUCAUCUUGGAAAAGAGUGACAUGCCACCAUCUGGCCGAGGGGAUUCUAUUAAUGUGGUCAGGGUCAUAUCUGCCAUGAUAAAUGCUCAGGAUGACUCAGGGGUUCUGGUUGGGAACUGGUCAGGAGAUUACUCUGAUGGAGUGUCUCCUACGGCUUGGAGCAGCAGCGUGGAGAUCCUGAGGAAAUACCACUCCUCCAAUGGAACGCCUGUGUCAUAUGGACAGUGCUGGGUCUUCUCUGGGGUCACUACAACAGUUCUCCGCUGUCUUGGCAUACCCGCCCGCAGUGUGACCAACUUCCAGUCUGCUCAUGAUACUGACGUAUCCCUCACCACAGAUGUAUAUUUCGAUGAGAAUAUGAAGCCAAUUGACUACCUCAACAGUGAUUCUGUCUGGAAUUUCCACGUAUGGAACGACUGCUGGAUGGCAAGACCAGACUUGCCCGCUGGUUAUGGAGGCUGGCAGGCUAUUGACUCCACUCCCCAGGAAACCAGCCAGGGAACCUUCCGCUGUGGCCCCGCCUCUGUCAACGCCAUCCGCUCUGGCCAGGUCUACCUCAAACAUGACACACCCUUCAUCUUUGCUGAGGUCAACAGUGAUAAGAUCUACUGGCAGAAAAAUCUUGAUGGUACUUUCAGCCAGAUUCACAGUGAGAAGAAAGCCGUCGGCCACUGUAUCAGCACCAAAGCAGUGGGUUCUGAGACACGGGCGGACAUCACACACCUGUACAAAUACCAGGAAGGGUCGGAAGACGAACGCAUUGCUGUGGAGACUGCCAGUCGCUAUGGCAGCAAGCCAGACGUCUACUCCACUCCCAUGGCAGAGGAUGUGAGCGUGGAAGUGAAGAUGGAGGGCGAGGGGCCCAGGAUGGGUGCCGAUGCCCAACUGACCAUCCUAGUGAAGAACCUGAGCUCGCAGCCCCGUCGGACAACGCUGCACAGCCAGGUGGCUGUCAUGUACUACACUGGUGUGCUGAGGGGCACCAUCAAGAAGGAGGAGAUGCCUGUGGAGCUUUUGCCCAAUGAAGAAAAGACCAUUGAGUGGUUACUGCCCUACCAACAGUACCAAAACCAGCUGGUGGACCAGGCAGCCCUGAUGCUGACACUGACAGGAAGAGUCAUUGAGACCCAGCAAGUGUUGGCCAACCAGACCACUUUCAGGCUCCGAACACCUGACCUCAACAUCAUGCCUUUGGGAGAAGCCGUGGUUGGUAAGGAGAUGGCAGCCAAGAUCACCUUCACCAACCCCCUGCCACGAACACUGAAGGGAGUCAUUUUCAGAGUGGAGGGCUUGGGUCUGCAGAAAGGCCACGAAGUUGUUGUUGGUGACGUUGGUAGUCACUCCACAGUGACACUGACAGAACACUUCAUCCCCACCCAACCCGGACCCAGGAAGCUUGUGGCGUCACUCGACUGUAAACAGCUCACACAAGUGCAUGGAGUGGCCGAUAUCGUUGUUCUUGAACAAUGAGUGGGAGCCAGCAAGAUCACUUCCUGUCCGGUUCUCACUUUUUCUUUAUAAACUUGUCAAAAUAUUUACUAAGAGCCUCUAAUUAUAUGAAAAGUGUGCAAAGUUUCUAUAUCUUAAAAUAUUCUGUUUGUUUUGUACUACAGCAAAAUCUGAAUUUUUGAUAUUUUAAAACUAUGAAUAUGCAAUUAUUAACUGUAGCAUUAUCAGUAUUAUAUUUUUUACAUAAAAUAAUAUAAAUUCACACUUCUGCCUUGCUCUGAAAUGUAUAUACAGUUGUGUAUACACAGAGUUUAAAUGCAUGCAUUGCAAGUGCUUUAAUUAGCGAGCAUUCAUAUAUUAAAGUUAUAAACUUAACUGUUAGAUUACAAUCACUGUUCUGACAUGCCUUAAUGCAUUUGAAGACACUGAACAAAGCAUGUGAAGGUGCAGAGAUUCAGGUCACCAUUAUUUUGUGAUAAUGUAAAUACUGUAUAUGUAUUAUUCAUAUAGCGUUUCAUAAGAUGAAAAGUAUUGUCAGACAAAAUGAACCUCACGUGGCUUUCGCAUUCAUGAAGGAAGGGUACUGUGAAAUGUUUUAAAGGGAAUGAUGUUGUAAUUGACAUUGACAUUUUGCAAAGGGCACAUUACAACUUCUCAUGUUUUUUUGACAUGUUAUUUGAUUGAAUAACAAAUUGUAAUAUUGUUGAAAAAAAAUGUAAAUUUGUUGAAAAAGUAAUUUUUCUGUACAAAUUUACCAUGAAGAUUUGCAAAAAAAACUCUACAAGGACAUGUCAAAAAUGUUCCUUUGAUCAUCAGAGAAAAUGCAACUUCAUACUGCCUUGUUUAUUUUGAAAACCAACAAAUCAGCAUUCAUAAAACUGAAAUGUUUCCAUUUGCAGAAUGCAAGCCUUAAUGUUCCCUAAGAUGAACUUCUACCAGAUGUUGCUCUUUAUUAUCUUUUUGUGUUUUUUUUUUUUUCAUCGUAUGUGUGUACAUUACACUGACUUAAGCUUUGUAUAACAAGUUCUGGCAAAAUUGGACUUGUCACUGCUGUGAACUGCAGCCAGCCAUGUCAGAAUGGAAGUGUGACCUUAACUCACCAUAGCUUCACCUGGUUCUAGUCUGUUUUCAGCACUCAACAUACAAUGUGAAGGAAACUAUUACUACUACUACUAUACUAAUAUUAUACUAUUUAUCUACCUUG